CUCAACAUCGACCUCACAUUCCAAGACUUUGCCUCAGAGCUCCAAUCCCUACCGGGCAAAUACAGCCCUCCCUCAGGAGAGCUCUUACUUGCCUGGACGACGGACGGAACAAAGACCCCACUGGGCUGCGUAGCCGUUCGCCUUCUCCAAACAGAUUCCGCGAUCCAUGAUCAGGCUAUUUCCCAGACCCAGUCCGUGUCUCAGGGGCGGCCGAGGAAAUGCUGCGAAAUGAAGCGACUAUACGUCACUCCCGAAGCACGAGGUACGGGGUUGGGGAGGGCGUUGGCUGAUGCUGUCAUUCAGAAAGCAAAGGAACUCGGAUAUGCAGAGAUGAGACUGGAUACUCUUCCUUUUAUGGCGGGGGCUGUUCACCUGUAUCGACGGCUGGGGUUUGUUGAUAUCCCGCCUUAUUAUGAGACGCCAUUGGAGGGGACGGUGUUUCUGAGCUUGGAUUUGACAUGAGUACGAAGAGUGCCAGUAGUCUCUUGAAUGUAAUAGAGCUAUAAGAGUCAACAGCGCCUACUCAGCAUGUUACGAGACAGG